AUGGAAAACCGUACAACAGUGACGGUGUUUAUCUUAGUAGGAUUGACAGAGGACCCAAAAUUGAAGAUCGUGCUAUUUAUUUUCCUGCUUCUCACCUACUUGCUAAGCAUCUCAGGCAACUUGAUUAUCAUUACCCUCACUUUGCUGGAUUCUCAUCUGAAGACCCCUAUGUAUUUCUUUCUUCGAAAUUUUUCCUUCUUAGAAAUCUCUUAUACAACAGUUUGUAUCCCCAAAUUGCUUGUGAGCAUGGCAACUGGUGACAAAACCAUUUGCUAUAACUGUUGUGCAGCUCAGUUAUUUUUUGCCUUCCUUCUUGGUGCAUCUGUUUACCUCCUGGCCGUCAUGUCUUAUGAUCGUUAUGUUGCCAUCUGCAAGCCCCUGCAUUAUACAACCAUGAUGAGCAGCAAAAUCUGUAUCCAGCUGGUCCUUAGCUCUUGGAUGGCUGGUUUCUUCAUCAUUUUUCCAGGACUCAUCUUAGGCUUAAGCCUGGAUUUCUGUGACUCCAAUAUCAUUGAUCAUUUCUACUGUGACAUUGCUCCUCUCCUGAAAAUCUCCUGCACAGACACACGUUCAUUGGAAACGAUGAGCUUCAUCUUAGCUUUGGUGACUCUCUUGGUCACUCUGGUAUUAGUGAUUCUAUCAUACAUAUAUAUUGUGCUCACAAUUUUAAAAAUUCCUUCUUCCAACCAGAGAAAAAAGGCUUUUUCCACUUGUUCUUCUCACAUGAUUGUCAUCUCUGUCUCAUAUGGCAGCUGUAUCUUUAUGUACAUUAAACCCUCGGUCAAACAGAGGAUAUCCUUGAUGAAGGGAGUUGCAAUUCUCAACACCUCCGUUGCCCCACUUUUGAACCCCUUUAUUUAUACUCUAAGGAACCAGCAGGUGAAGCAAGCAUUUAAGAACUUGGUACAAAAAGGCCUGUCUUUAUCCAAGUAG